CUCUUUUGUAGCCCUCGUAAUAUAAGUAAUUAUAAGUCAAAAGGGCGCAUGGCAUAUUCAGGAAUUUCAUCAUCCGCUUUUCCUUGUAUAAUCAGCCCGCAAAAAUAAAUAUAAAUAUAAAUACCGGCAAACCAAACCCUGCAAUUUUGUGAUAAAAAAUGAUUCCAAUUGCUCACAAUUUAUAUUACUUCUCCUUUCAUGCAGAUUCGAAUCGAUAUAAUUUCGAUCAAAUUGCGAUGAAUUUUGACACAUUUCACAGGGCUUUUAAAGGCCGAGCGGAUCGACCGGAUUUUUUCCUAGGGUUUUGAAGUCAGGGUGGAUCGCGCUGGCAUUUUUUUAGGGUUUUAAAGGACGAGGUAGAUCGGUUUACAAUUAAUUAUUAUUUUUACUGCGCGGAAUUAGACAGACAGAUGUUAUGUGCUUUGAUUUGUCCGGCAAUAGACAGAAGGCUUUGAAUGAACAGAAUGGCGGGAUCCACGGCCCAAUCUCCUGGGCUCAAGGCAUAUUUCAAAACACCUGAGGGACGUUAUAAACUCUCCUAUGAAAAAACUCAUCCUGCUGGACUUCUUCACUACAAUCAUGGGAAAGCUGUAACCCAGGUCACCCUUGCUCAUCUGAAGGAAAAGCCAGUUUCACAGCCCUUACCUUCAAUCAGCUCAAGCAGCAUCACUGGUGUGAGGUUAGCUCAGAAGCUUUUAGGGGCUGGCAAUGGAAGCCGGACACUAAGUUUUGGAGGGGGAAAUGGAACAAGUAAAACUGUUGCAGGAAGCAAGACAAGUUCUUCCACACAUGGUAUCUCAUCUACAACCAAUGGGCCUACAACUUCAAAUUAUGACGGGGAAGGCACAUAUGUCAUUUUUAAUGUGGGGGACACACUGUUUAUUAGCGAUUUCAAUUCACAUGACAAGGAUCCGAUUAAAGCAAUCCAUUUUAGUAGCUCAAAUCCAAUUUGCCAUGCCUUUGAUCCUGAUGCCAAGGAUGGCCAUGACCUUAUAAUUGGUCUGAACUCUGGAGACGUGUACUCAGUAUCAUUGCGGCAGCAGUUACAAGAUCCUGGAAAGAAGCUUGUAGGAACUCAACAUUACAAUAAAGAUGGGUGCUUGAACAACACCCGAUGUAGUGCUGUUGCAUGGUUACCUGAAGGAGAUGGUGUUUUUGUUGCAGCACAUGCAGAUGGAAACUUAUAUGUAUACGAUAAGAACAAAGAUGGAAGUGGUGAUUCGUCUUUCCCAAUAAUCAAGGACCAGACUCAGUACUCUGUUGCUCAUGCACGGUCCAGUAAGAGCAACCCUAUUGCCAGAUGGCAUAUAUGCCAAGGGUCUAUAAAUUGUAUCUCUUUUUCAGUCGAUGGAGAGUUUCUAGCAACAGUUGGAAGGGAUGGCUAUUUGAGAAUAUUUGAUUUUACAAAAGAACAGUUGAUAUGUGGGGGUAAAAGCUAUUAUGGUGCACUUCUAUGCUGUGCAUGGAGCCCUGAUGGCAAAUAUGUCUUGACGGGAGGAGAAGAUGAUCUAGUCCAGGUGUGGAGCAUGGAAGAUCGCGCAGUUGUAGCAUGGGGUGAAGGUCACAACUCAUGGGUGAGUGGAGUUGCCUUUGAUUCAUACUGGACCCCACCUUCUUCCGAUGGCACUGGGGAAAAUGUCAUGUAUCGAUUUGGAUCAGUGGGACAGGAUACACAAUUACUGUUAUGGGACUUGGUAAUGGAUGAAAUAGUUGCACCAAACCGGAAAAGUAUUCCAGGUGGAUCUCCCACGUUCAGUGCAGGCAGUCAAUCCUCUCAUUGGGAGAGUUCACAUGCAUUUGGGGUUCUCCAGCCUGCCCCAAGUAUGAGAGAUGUUCCAAAGCUGUCUCCUGUAAUGGCUCACCGUGUACAUGCUGAACCAUUAUCUGGUUUAAUUUUCACAAAAGAUUCAAUUAUAACUGCUUCACAUGAAGGACAUUUGAAGAUCUGGGCUAGGCCAAACAGUGACUCGUUGUCUAGCAAUUCAGAUUCUUCUCUUGGUGCUACUAAGGAAAAGCAAUUAAUGAGUAAAUCUUCAGGUCUAAGUUACAAGCAAUAGUGAUUAUUUUAUCAUUCCAGUUUCAAUUACCCUGUCGGGAAAUUGUGAAUUGCAAAUACAUUCCCGUAUUUGUCAUGCCUUUUGGCACUUUCACAGCUGUUUUGGUUUAGUCUUGAGCAUCAUCUGUACGUAGUGAAGCUUGGGAUGUGCGGGAGUGUUGCUGGUUGUCCUUUAAUUUUCAAAUGUUUAAAAGUUAAAUACCUGCAUUUUAGCGGGUGCCUUUGUACAACCGGUAUGCUUGUAAUAUCAUAUAUGAUAGAGAAUUGUCAUUCUUGUCAUUGACGCUAUUUUUAGUUUCUGCAAGGCAAUAUAUGGAAUAAGCCAGUUGGUUUCUCUUAUGUUGCACCUUGGAAAAGGAAGGAAUUAAUUUGUAUCAUCAAAGAGAUGUCAUCCUAAGUGGAAUGGCUAUAAUGCAUAACUGGCAUUUGAACAGAAAAUCGCCAUAACAGUUUUCUUUGAAGCUAUGGUUCAUCAAUGCUCUUAAUUUAAGAUAAGCGGAGUGAAAAGGAAGAAAAGACAAAUACUAUGCUAUAUUUGUCAAUUGUCAUACAGUUUUUCAUGAUUAUGCUGUCAUUUCACAUUUUCCUGUUCUAUUAUAUAUGCAAAUAUUUGUUGUGCUUCCCAGCUCAA